GCUAUUUCAACGAUUAAUAGUACAUGUGUAGGUAAGGUUAGCUACUAAGAUACGAAUGUUUACGAAAUAUGAGAAGUAAUAUGGGUAUUUCGGCACACCUGAACCUCCGGCGACCAUUAAUUGAUCUGUCAACUUGUUUGAGAUCGGGAUCCUUUCAAACGCAGCUUACAUAAGUAGGUGGUGGUAUGGGCCCGCGAACAGUCGAGUGUAGUUCCUUAUGCUGUUAGCUAUCAAAAUAUAAAAAUGAUAUCUAAGCUGUUGGUGGCAUUGGUGCUAUGUUGGGGUGUACAAAGUUUUCCGGAUGGUGCACCUAUAGAUACCUGUGUAAAGGAGAGGCAGAAUCAACCUAAUCAUGGACAACACAGAACACAACCAAUAUCUUCACUUCCGUACAGAGUUGUAGCUUCAUCGAUGUUAUUUGGUCCGAAUACCCCAAUAACAGUAACAAUUGAAGGAGCGGAAACGUUUAAGGGCUUCUUUUUACAAGCCCGCUCCAUCGACACUGAUCAGUGGAUCGGCACCUGGGAAAACGCACCUAAUACGACGAUACAUCCUGAAUGUUCGUCCAUCACUCAUGCUGACCCUAAAGAGAAAUUGAGAGCCGUUUUGCUGUGGAGGGCACCUCCAGACGCACAGGGCAGAGUUUAUUUCACGGGAACUGUACUGAAGAACUACAGCACGUUUUGGUCUAAUCUCAUAGCAGAGGCGCCUCAAGAUGCAGCACAACUCCAAAUAUUGGGCUGAACGCAGACACACAAUUUGAAUGAGUUCAAUUUUGUAUAUAUUUUUUUUCAGUUACGUUACCUUAAUUAUCGUCUAUGACGUCACGUUUCAAAAAAUGUAAUAACUGAAUGCAAAAAAAGUAAUUUAACGAA